AUGGAAGCUUGUGGCCUUUCUGAUCAAGGAUUUGUAGGUUCCAGAUUUACUUGGUGCAACAAUAGAAGACCUAGUGAAAGGAUUUGGAAGAGACUUGACAGGGUUUUUGUGAAUGAUCAAUGGACCCAAAGGUUUCAAAGCUGCAUUGUCAAGCACGUGGUUAGAACAGAUUCAAACCACCGACCUCUUUUGAUGAAGUGUCAUUCUGAUCAAAAGGAGUUUAUUAGGUAUUUCAGAUCCAGAAAUGGAUUCUUCUCUUCAUCACAAGGCCUGAAACAAGGUGAUUCACUAUCCCCUUCACUCUUUAUAUUAGCAGCAGAGGUUCUCUCCAGGUCACUCAACAACCUACACAACAAUAACAACUUUAUCCCUUUCUCCAUGAAUCAAAGAGAUCCUCGGAUUAACCACCUUGCUUAUGCAGAUGAUAUUAUCAUUUUUAGCAGUGGCAACAGUAGGAUCAAUAGGAUUAGAGCUUGUACUGGUUUUAUGGAUAAAACUUUUCCGUUUAUAUAUUUGGGCUGCCCUAUCUAUGUGGGGAGGAAGAAGAUUUGUUAUUUUGAUGAUAUGGUUACUAAAGUUGUAAAGAAACUCAAUGGGUGGCAAGGUAAGAUGCUCACAUAUGGUGGAAAAAUGGUUCUAAUCAAAAGUGUGCUUCAGUCUAUGCCUACAUAUAAUCUCACUGCUAUUAAUCCUCCAAAAACAUCUCUUAAUCUUCUGGAAAGGCACUUUGCUAGGUUCUUCUGGGAUUCUAAUGCUGAUAAAGCAAAAUAUCAUUGGAGAUCUUGGAAAAACCUUUGCCUUCCUAUAGAUGAAGGAGGUAUUGGAAUUAGGGACAUGACUGACAUCUCAAAAAGUGGCAUUCUGGUAACUCUCAAGCAUGGAAAUUCCUUCUUAACAUCAGAGAUAAUGCAAAAGCAAAGAUCGUUUGGAAAAUAA